GUCAAUGAAGUGUAUCAACAAUUGAAAAACGAUGGUGUUGAAUUCCCACCUCUGGACUUGGACACGUUUGCUCCAAUCAGCACGCCUUUUAGGCCAGAAGGUGGUUCACAGCAAGUGCAAGAGAGACCGUCUCAACAGCAACCAUCAUCGUCUCAUCAGGUUGUGGGUGGGGCCAGUCCUAGAGGGGGCGGGAGACCUAUUAGAAGUCUUAAACCCGAACAAAUUGCUAAAUUAUUGUCAGAACUUGACGUAGUGAGAAGAAAUCUUGAUGUAAUGAAUGAGAUAUUGGUAGAGAAUGAGCCAGGCAAAGAGUCGGAAGAUGAUUAUAGUUUGAUGCAAGAGCUAAACACUACAAUGAGAUCAAUGCAGGAAAGAGUGACAAUACUAAUAGGAAGGGUGCAAGAUGAGAUAGUGAUGGAGAGUUUGCUACAGAUUAAUGAUGAGCUGAAUGGUUGUUUCACACGGUACGACCGUCACAUGAAGAAUAGGAAGGCAGCGGCUGCUAAUGUAAGCGGAAACGAAACGAGUUUCACUGAUCCAGUGAUUGACU